GGUUUCUGUCGGCUUUGUUGGCUCAGAAGCAAUUUUUAUUUAAUGUGAUACUUUGACUGCCUGCCUUGCAUAAUGUUUCACUUAAAGUUGCGGCUGUUGCGUUCGCAGCGCAACAGUUAUGCAGCCGCAAAGCGUUAUUUCACGCACAAAAACUUGUUGGGACUCUCGGAACGUGGGUUCUUUCAAAAUAUCUUUCCAGACACUGCAGGGUCAAGAAUGGAGACACUCUUUACCAGCGGUCCGCAGAGCAUUUACGCAGGCUUCGACCCCACUGCUGACAGUUUGCACGUAGGGAACUUACUUGUUAUUAUGGGCUUACUUCACUGCCAGAGGGCUGGCCACAAUCCUAUAGCAUUAGUUGGAGGCGCGACCGGUCUAAUUGGUGAUCCCAGUGGACGAAAAACGGAGCGUAAUCAGCUUGGCGAAUCGACUAUUGAAACGAAUCAGAGAGCGAUUGAGGAACAGCUUCGCAAAGUAUUUAAAAAUCACUUAGAUUGCUUAUGGGACACGGGGAAGAACACACGAGCACUGCCGCCUUUGACCAUUGUUAACAAUGCCGAUUGGUACUCCAAUAUUAAUCUGAUAGAUUUCAUUGGUAAUUUGGGCCGACAUUUCCGAAUGGGUUCCAUGCUUUCGCGAUCCUCUGUACAAUCUCGGCUUGAAUCGGAGGAUGGCAUGAGCUUCACAGAGUUCACGUACCAAAUCUUUCAGGCUUACGAUUGGCUUCAUCUUCUGCGCACACACCACUGUUGCUUUCAAAUGGGUGGCUCCGAUCAAAUGGGCAACUUAAUGACUGGCCAUGAGCUUAUUAGCCGUGUCGAGCCGAAACGUGAGGUAUUCGGCAUGACGCUGCCCAUCGUCACGAAUGAAGAGGGUGACAAAUUUGGUAAAUCGGCAGGAAACGCAGUGUGGUUAGACGAAAAUAAGACUUCACCAUUUGCAUUAUAUCAGUUCUUCAUGCGUAUGCCUGAUUCGGAAGUAGAGAAGCUUAUAAAGUUGUUUACCUUCAUUCCCAUGCCGGAGGUGGAACAAUUGAUGCGAGAGCACGCAAAGGAACCAGAAAAACGAAAGGCCCAAACACUGUUGGCCGAGGAUGUGACACUACUGGUACAUGGCGAACGCGGUUUAGCGCAAGCGGAACGCGUAACCAAUGCCUUAUACAAGGGUAACGUGGACGGUUUGGCUGAGCUGAACUAUGACGAAAUCAAACAGACGUUCCAGGGCGCCACAGUGGUGGAAAUGUUAACAGAACCUGGCAUGUCCAUUUUGCAAUUGGCAAUGAAGGCCAAGUGCUUUCCCACAGAAAAUGACGCCGUUCGAAUAAUAAACGCUGGGGGAUUCUAUGUGAACCAGAAGCGCGUCCAGAACAUAGCUGAAGUUAUUACGACCGGCAUACACGUUUUACGAAAUGGUGUUUCCCUUUUACGUGUAGGGAAACGUAAUUUCUACAUCGUACGCUGGCUUUAGCUGGCUUUUAAUCAAUUAAAAAUAAA